GCGGAGACUUACGUACAUUUGUUUGUAACACGAUAUCACGGGGAUAUGGCAUUCGCCAUACUCACUGCAGAUGGAGAAAAAUCCUUUGGCAAAUCGGCAAGGCAACUACGACUACUCGCAACUCUAGGCUGAAACUGACUCUCACUAACCACACACUGCUGAGCGGAGGGAAUAGUGGGGGAGUGUUCGCGUGUGUAUACUUACUUCCCUAAUUUGUGACGUAGACAGUGAAGGGGAAUGUACCUACUUUCACUGAGGGAUAGUUUACUCACAAAACUUGUAACUUUGUGUUAGUUUGUUGUUACCGGCGUAGUUUGGAUUACGAAAUCUUCCCAUCCUCCCGGCGUGAUUGCUCACACGAGGUGAUAAUUUCACUGUUGACGCGAUAGUGAGCAGAGCCCUGUUUCGUUGAACAUAAAUCAGUGUCAAUGUUUAAAGUGAAUAAGCAGUAUCCGUAGCGGGGAAAGUGGAACUCAUACUCUGACGGAAGGCGAGAUGGAGUUGGCUUUCUUGGAGCUAGGAUUAACAUUAGCGAAAAUACAAGUCUGACUCGACAUAUAUACAAGUGUGCGUGCUACCUACUGGAGAGUUUACGAUUUGCCAGGAUAAGUGUCGUAUAUUUGUGAUAAAAAAGGAAGUGGAUUUCCAUAUUUAGUGAGUGUUGAUUCCCCACCCCCGGGGACUGUUUGCUGAGGACGGGCCCGGAGGACCCGUAUUCUAUAUUACAGAGUAGGAGAAUAGCAUCCCAACUACACAGAUGAAAUGGUCGCCAAAAUCUUCUGGCUGGGGACACUGCUACUCCUUCACGUGACGACGUCCAACAGUCUGCAGAACACCAUCCGGAUAGGUGGGCUGUUCGAGAAUGAGCACACCGGACCCAAGCUAGCGUUGAUGCACGCCAUUGACGAGAUUAACCUGAUGAAUGACAUUCUAUCCCAUACAUUACUUGUAUAUGAGAUGCAAGAUGUUAAACCUCAUGAUAGCUUCGAGGCCAACAAGAAAGUAUGUCGGGAAGUAAAGACGGGUAUAGCGGCCAUGUUUGGACCUGUGUCCACGAUAUCGGCUGGACACGUCCAGUCCAUAUGUAACUCGCUGUCCAUUCCCCACAUCCAGGCACAUUGGGACUCCCGUGACAAUCGGGAGUAUUACUCCAUUAGCCUAUAUCCAGAUUACCUGUCGCUAAGCAAGGCGUUUAAGGCUCUCAUAGAAUAUUGGGGCUGGACGUCAUUCACGGUGCUAUACGAGGAUAACGAUGGGUUAGUUAGACUACAGGAAGUGUUAAAGGCCACAAAGGGUACAGACAUGAAGGUCACCGUCCGUAAACUCGACCCUCUUGUCGAAAACUACGUCCAUAUGUUCAAAGAUCUGAUCUCGAAUCCAAUGCAAGGCGAUAAUAGGAUCAUAGUCGAUUGUGAUGUAUCUCGAGUGGCCGACAUUCUACACCAGGCACAAAAGGUCAACAUGUGCUCUGAAACAUUUCACUACCUCUUCACAAGUUUGGAUGUUGGUCUCGUUGACCUAGAAGACUACAAAUAUGGCGGCGCCAAUAUAACGGCUAUGCGUAUAGUAGAUCCGUCACGUCCAAAGGUUAUGUCCGUAACGGAGGAUUGGAUAUUUGAAGAAAUCAACUCACGGCCGUCACCUCUGCAAGGCCAGCGCCAGAUACCGGGAAGUUUCUUAAGCCUCGAAAAUCGUACUAACGUAAUGAUGACUGAUACAGCCCUCAUGUAUGAUGCCGCUCACCUUUUCGCCCGUGCUCUGCAUGAGCUCCUCAAAUUCCAGAGCGUCAAAACUGUGUCUCUGUCCUGUAGCAAACCCCAGCCAUGGAACGACGGUAUCAGCCUUCUGAACUAUAUGAAAGCGAUGGAUUUUGAAGGUCUGACAGGUCGAAUCCAUUACCAGAAUGGAAGGAAGCGCACAGACUUUGAAUUAGAUAUUGUGGAGCUGACCAUGAACGGUUUACAGAAGGUGGGCGUAUGGAACCCCCGAGACGGUGUUAACAUCACCAAAUCGUACAAGGAAAGACAAACUGAGGUCCUACAGGAGCUGUCCAACAAGACACUGCGGGUCGUCACUGUACUCGAUAAACCAUAUGUACUAGAGAUAGAACCAGACGACAGACGCAUUAAUGGGCCGAGAUAUGAAGGAUUCUGUAUUGAUUUGUUGGACAGGAUUGCAGAGAAGUUGAACUUUAACUACACCGUAACGCCGACCAAAUCGUAUGGUGGCUGUAAGGACGGUUUUAAAAAAUGUGACGGCAUGGUUAAAGAAUUGGUAGAGAGGAGGGCCGACCUGGCUGUAGCGGGAAUGACUAUUACAUGGGACAGAGAACAGGUUAUAGACUUCACCAAGCCGUUCCUUAAUCUGGGUAUCACCAUUCUUUACAAGAAACCAGAACCGGAACCUCCAAAAUUGUUCUCCUUCCUGGAUCCACUCUCUAUCGACGUUUGGGUGUACAUGUGUGCCGGGUACUUGUGCGUGAGCUUCAUGCUGUUUGUGAUCGCACGGUUCACUCCGUAUGAGUGGUGCAACCCCCAUCCUUGUAACCCAGAUACAGACGUGGUAGAGAACCAGUUCUCCAUAUUAAAUAGUCUUUGGUUCACCAUCGGUUCUCUUAUGCAGCAAGGUUGUGAAAUAGCACCUUGUGCAAUAUCGACUCGACUUGUAGCGGGCAUUUGGUGGUUUUUCACGUUGAUCAUGAUAUCUUCGUAUACUGCUAACCUGGCUGCUUUCCUCACUGUUGAGAGAAUGGUUUCCGACAUCAGCAGCGUUGAGGACCUUGCAAAACAGACAAAGAUUAAAUACGGAACGCUAAAUGGCGGAAGCACAAAAAACUUCUUUGCAAGCUCCAAGUUCCCAAUCUACCAGAGAAUGUGGAAUUUUAUGAAGUCGGCAGAACCUAGUGUAUUUGUCAACAAAUCACAAAACGGAAUUGCUCGCGUGAAACAAGGACAGUACGCCUUCUUUGCCGAAUCCACUAAAGUUGAAUACGAAAUUGAGAGGGAGUGCUCCCUUAUGCAGGUCGGUGGUUGGCUGGACUCUAAAGGAUACGGCAUCGCACUUCCAAGAGAUUCACCUUACAGAGACCCUAUUUCAAAUGCGAUUCUGAAAUUACAAGAAGACCAGGAGAUACACAAGAUGUACAAUACAUGGUGGAAAGAGAAAUACGGUGGAGGGAAGUGUCAAACGGUGGAAGCUAAGAAAACUAGUGCUCUCGGUGUGAAGCACGUAGGUGGUGUGUUCGUCGUUCUGAUUGGUGGAAUGGUUGCAGGAGUUUUUGUGGCUAUAUGUGAAUUCAUAUAUAAAGCCAGGAAAAAUGCUCGCGAAGACAAGCGGAACAACAGACUAUCACAAUCAUUGUGCUCAGAAAUGGCUGAGGAAUUUAGGUUUGCCAUACGAUGCCUAGGAUCUUCCAAGAAAACAAUCAAACGAAAACCACCGGAUCAUGAGAUUGUGGAUAACGGUCUCCAAUUCAUGCCUCUGACAGGUGGAAAUAACUAUGGCCAAAAUAACAUAGGAGGAAGAGAGAUUGAGACACCUAUUUUCUGAGGAGUUCCGUUCACCAAAAGGAAUGGUACUGUGUGUGUAACAUUAGUUUGCGGUGUAGUGCAUGCGGGAGUACACAUACGAACACUUGUAUGAGAGAACUAACAAUCCAGACACGGUCUGGUACCGGAGUUACUCCACACAAUUCACUCACCAUACAGCUGAGGUCAUCACCAUGUUCUGUGGUCACUAGAUUACUGGUCGCUGAGAAGUAAAUAUUUCUUACCUUGAGAAAGAUGUACAUAACAUGAACCUAUCUGAAGAAUCUAGUGGAAGCUACGUGACAUUUAGAAGACGAAGUAAUAUUUUCAAUUCGAGGCCGUACUCUUAAAAUAAUGAAUACGUAAUUCACGACACGAGUGGCUUGAACUUCGAUACUUUACAACCUUCAACAUAUAAGUAUGCAUGGAAGAUGAAUGUUUGGAGUAUUCUACAUGUUUUGGUAGGCUCGGUAGUGGCUGUUACAUUGGAAUAUCGUAUAAAGGCAUGUAUGAAAGUUGUUAUAACUCAACAAUAUUGGCAGGGGAACGGCAUUCUGAACAAUGUCAGUAUCACAGAAUCUGUAUAUAAGUCUGCGUAUCUAAUCCAAAUAUGUUAAAUAGGGAUACAUUUGGGUUAGAUUAAGAUGCAAUAAAUGGUUGAAAUGAUAAAUAUGCCACGUGCCUUAUAAUAUAACGUUGUACAAAUGUACAUACAGCUAUCUGAUGGAACGAUUUUUGUAGUAUAUAUAGUGCUUAGCCAUACACUAGAGGUAACUGCUGCCAAAGUAGCGUUGUAAUGAUAAAACUUAACUUGUUAUGCGGUUGUAUUUUUAGUGUUUGUGAAAUAGACAAUCAAUGAAUAUUAUAAGCUUUGUUCGUGUUUAGACAGCAUUGGUAUUAAGUUUUGAUGCCCUACAUAUCUCGUCAUCUGCAAUCGUCAUCUCCUUUUCCAAAAAUCUUUAGUUUCAACGUUGAGUUAGCCUUGCGUUCUAUUAAUGGUAAGUUGUAUAUCACUAACUGAUUGCUGAAGACACUCAUGAUUUCAUGAUUACAUAUUUGAACAAAAUAGCCUACUAUUAUAAAAUACUAUUAGUGAUCAUUUGCUUGUAUAUAAUGUUAUUAGUUGUUUAGCUUGAUCCAUACAUUUCUAGGUAUUUAUGUCAUUUUCAACUGUGCAAGUUUUCUAUUUUAAUUUAUAAAUUUGUGAUAGCAUUUGUUUCUCUGUGUUCAACAGAUUUUUGUGUGAAGUUAGUAGUGAAGCGCUGACAUAUGACUUUCAUUCUGGUGUACAGUAGCAUACUCCUUCAUUCGUGUCCGUUCGUAGCGAUGUAAACAAUAACAACGAUAACUAAAUACAGCAAACACUUUGCAGUGCAGUUGAAGACGUUUGGUGUAGAGCUAUGAUAUCCUACUAAAGUAACAACCUAUGCAAAUGUUUAAAUAAACAAACCCCAGACUUGUUCUAGGUUAUUUCCCAAACAUAAUGUUAUUGAACAUUGUUGGUUAUUUGCUGUCCCUCCUAAUAUCAUUUUGGUUUUAUAUUAAGGUACCUUGUCGUCAGUUAUAACCCCUGAAUUUAAAUGAACUGUUGAAAACUAAUCAUCUUAAGUAGAUAUGUACAGAAGGAUGUUUUUCUCGAUUCUCAUUAAUUUUGUUAGUAAUCUAUGAAAUGGUGUUUUAAUUUUACAAUGUUGGGAAUGCUUGAUUUGAUGUCGAUUUACGAACACUUAUCACUAACUUGUUAUUAACAAACAAGCAUUUGUCAUAACUUCGUCCGAAGAGUUUUUUAUUCAAGUAAAGCGCAGACAGAUUUCAGAGACAGCGUUUACGAUGUUUUCUGCUCUUCAAUGCACUAUUUGGGACCUUUCUUUCCUUUCUCUAAAUGUGUUGUCUAGACAACAUGUGACAUGGUUGUGUUCUCUGUUUGCUACCUUGCAUGCAUUUUAUAUGGAUAUUUUCAUUUCAACUGGAAACUUGUGUCAAACACUAUUAGCGGGUAUCAUCUAUCAUCUAAUCUACGACCGAUCCUACGUCAUCGUCAAUCUCAUCAAGUUAUGGUCUACUCAAUUAGAUACAGAUAUCAUGUUUAAGCGUGUACCUUGUGUAAACAGAACAUGGGAGGAGGCGUGAAAGGUUUAUUUUUGUACACAAACAAAAAAACGAAAUCCGUAUAAAAAACACCAAUAUAGUUUCUCGAAAGCCCUUUGUGAUACUCUUGUAUUGACAAUCUAGAUAAUGAACUAAAUAAAAGUGAUACUAUGUAUCUCUUCCAAAAUUAGUAAGCAUUCAGUGACAACUUUUAUAUUAUCAAUAACUUCAGGAAUUCAGCAGAACCGUUUUCGAAAAGUAGAAAAUCGUCACAUUACGCCAUGCCGUCUUUUUCACAGACGAUACAGGAAAGUAGAGGGAGAUAACUCUUACAAAUGUGAUUUAGUAUUGUUUUAUUGUCUUCCUUCUCGGAUGGAAUCACAUCAUCUGUAUCUUAUUAAAUACCAUUGUCAUUAUCGUCAGUAUAUCCGGAAUUCUGGAUGAUAUAUAGACUUAGAAUUUGUCAUGUUUAUUAGAUAAUAUAAACUGAUUUGUCAAAAGGUAAUGUUAUGCCAAACACCAAUAAACUGGCAUGUUGUGCUCGAAGUGUGUUUGUGGAUGUAUGGGAAUUAGUGUCACUUCAUACCUUAUAUAUAUUUCAUAUGUAGAACCUAUGUUGUACACAUGCGUCCUAUGUUUAAGUAUCCUAUUAAUGUCAUAACAUUAUGCCAAAGUUAGUGUUUGAUACCUGUAUAUAUUGAAGAAUAAAAAAAAGAUGUUUGAUAUAGAUA